AAAAAAUUGACAACACAACUAUUGCACACAGUAUCUGUUUACUGCAUUCAACAUUGUUAUCAUCGAUCAUCUUUUUUGAAAAUAUGAUCUUUAGACAACUCUUCUCUGCUGAUACAUGCACUUAUACAUUCAUUUUGGGAUGUGAAGAGACUGGACAGGCUGCUCUCAUUGAUUCAGUCUAUGAAGAAUUGGCCAGAGAUGCCAAAUUGGUUAAGGAAUUGGGACUCACUGUUACUCAUUUACUUGAAACUCAUGUUCAUGCUGAUCAUGUAACUGGUGGUUUGGAGAUGAGGAAACAACACUUUCCACAAGCUACUCAAGUAUAUAGCAUUCAUUCGGGAGUUAAUUUCAGUGAAGGAUUGACUUUGGUCAAGGAGGGAGACGUUAUUCAAGUUGGUUCCUCUGUAAAGCUUCGUGUGUUGGAAACUCCUGGACACACCAAUGGUUGUCUCACUUUUUUCACUGAAGAUAAGACAAGGGUCUUUACUGGAGAUGCCUUAUUCAUUAGAGGAUGUGGAAGAUGUGAUUUCCAACAAGGAAGUGCCUCCAAAUUGUACGAUUCCAUCAUGAAGAUUUAUUCAACCUUACCUGAUGAGUGUAUUGUCUAUCCUGGACAUGAUUAUAAGGGAAUGAUUUCAUCAACUAUUGGUGAUGAGAAGAAGAAUAAUCCGAGAAUAUUUGCCACUCAAACUCGUGAGGGAUUUAGUGAAAUUAUGAAUAAUUUGAAAUUGCCAAAUCCUAAAUAUAUUGAUAUUGCCUUACCUGCUAACUUGUUGGGUGGUGUCAAGAAGACUAACUAGAUUUGAAAAUUUAUUCUUUGUAUAUUUUAGUAAAAAAAGUAUUGUAAU